AGAGCCAUCGCCGUAACUGAUAUCUGGCCCAACUGGGCGUGGCGGGGCGGUGCUGUUUCUGGCACGACCGCACGACUCAUCUCCUCCAUCGUCGGUGCAAGCAAGCGCGCCGACGCGAGCGAGAUGGCGGGGCGCUACGACGGCGGCAACCCCUUCGAGGAGGAGGAGGACGUGAACCCUUUCUCGGAACAAGCGCGAGGAAAACCUGGCGGACAGUCCAACUUUGGCGGCGGCGGAGCCUUCUACAUGCCGAACCCCAGAACCGUGGCUCCUCCUUCUAAUUCAAGGCUUUCGCCCCUUCCCCCAGAACCCGCAGAUUUCAGUGCCACCGUGGAUAUCCCUCUCGGGUCGUCUAAGGACCUGAAGAAAAGGGAAAUGGAGCUGCAAGCGAGGGAAGCAGAGUUGAACAAGAGGGAGAAGGAACUGAAAAGAAGAGAGGAAGCUGCAGCACGAGCUGGUAUUGUCAUCGAGGAGAAAAACUGGCCUCCUUUUCUACCACUCAUCCACCAUGAUAUUGCCAAUGAGAUUCCGACUCAUCUUCAAAGAAUGCAAUACUUUGCAUUCGCAUCAUUUCUUGGUUUGGCUUGCUGUCUCUUCUGGAACGUCAUAGCAGUUACUUCAGCUUGGAUCAAGGGGGAAGGUGUGAAAAUCUGGUUGCUAGCAAUAAUCUACUUCAUCUCUGGUGUUCCUGGUGCAUAUGUGUUAUGGUAUCGCCCUCUUUAUAAUGCUAUGAGGACUGACAGUGCCUUGAAAUUUGGAUUGUUUUUCUUGCUUUACUUGUUUCACAUUAUUUUCUGCAUAUUUGCUGCUGUGGCUCCUCCCGCUGUCUUUGAGGGAAAGUCUCUGGCAGGAAUUUUACCGGCAAUUGAUCUUAUCAGCGUGAAUGCUUUAGUGGGGAUCUUCUACUUUGUUGGAUUUGGAUUAUUCUGCCUCGAGUCAUUGCUCAGCAUCUGGGUUAUCCAGCAAGUGUAUAUGUACUUCCGAGGAAGUGGGAAGGCUGCAGAGAUGAAGCGUGAUGCAACAAGGGGCGCUAUGAGAGCAGCAUUUUAAUUGUCACAAAUCUCAGAUGAUGACAGUGUCUCAAGCGUAAUUCCAUGGAUACAUCGUGCCAUAAACAGACAUAUAUGUGUUCCUUGGUUCUGACUAUAAUCUUAAGCUGGCAGUAGGGUAUGUUUUCCUUGGCUGACUAUAAUCUUGAGCUGGCAGUAGGUUACUGUGAUGUUACAGUUAACAGUGUAUGACUUGUCCACUUCCCUUACCAAUAUAGAGCAUGUGUAGUUCUUACAUCUUUUUAUCUGGCCUGGCUGUAAAUGCUCUUUGCCCUGAGAGUAGAUGAAUGUGCCCUUAUGAUCUUUGUUGCAGCUUAUCAUA